AUGCCUGCUGCUACUGGCACCAAACGCGUUCGGCAAUCUAACACCGAAGCAAAGGGCGUUUCCGUUUUUAGGCCGUUUGUCUUCGGUAGUGAGGCGCAACCUUUCGAUCCUGAAAACCGACCUGCAAAUGCGCCCCCCGAUCACACUCAUCAAUGGCGCGUCUUCGUGAAGGGCGUCAACGACGAAGACGUCUCAUAUUGGCUGCGAAAAGUACAGUUCAAGCUACACGAAACAUAUGCACACUCAGUCCGGACAAUCGAGCAGCCACCCUUUGAAGUGACGGAAACUGGCUGGGGUGAAUUCGAGAUACAGAUCAAGCUCUACUUCGUACCUGAAUCCACGGAGAAGCCGCAAACACUCUGGCACAGCUUAAAACUUCACCCUUACGGAAACGACAUUGAAGGAAAGCGCGAGCGCAGAGAGAAAGUAGUCAGUCAAAAUUAUGAGGAGGUCAUAUUCAACGAGCCCGUUGAACAAUUCUACGAUGUGCUCACGGGCGGUGGUCUUGCGGGAAAUCAGCAAUCAAAGGGCAAGAGUGGCAAAGCCAAACAAGCACAACUACAAAACGGUGGUGGGAGAACGGCGGAGAUUCCAGACAAUGAUAGUCCCGGAAAUCCAUACAGCAAGGCAACAGAGCACGCUGAAUUAGAGCGACUUGGCGAAGCUAUGAAGACAGUCGACCAGAUGAUCAAGGAGGAGAAAAACCGACUAGUCGAGCGGGAGAAGAAAUUGGCAGAAUUGAAGGAGAGCGAGGGUGUCCCAGUUGUGACGAAAAAGAAAUGA